GACCCAUCAUUAGAGCUGAGGUUGGUGAGAGGAUUCAAGUUGUGUUUAAAAACAAUGCCAGGAGGCCAUAUUCUAUUCAUGCCCAUGGAGUGAAGACCAGUAAAACCCAUCAGGAUGGUGUUCAACCAGGUCAUAUACUGACAUACAACUGGACCAUUCCAAAACGAUCAGGUCCGGGUCCCAGUGAUCCAAACUGUAUAACGUUUGCCUACUACUCCUCUGUCAGCUUAGUUGAGGACUUGAUGAGUGGUUUGGUGGGUCCACUGAUAGUGUGCCGCAAAAACACCCUGAACAGCGACAGACGUAGAAAAGACAUUGAUAAAGAGUUUGCCCUCCUUUUUAUGGUGUUUGAUGAAAAUGAGUCCCACUACCUGGAUGAAAACAUAAAAAUUUACCUCAAAGCAGACCCAGAAAAGUUUGACAAAUAUGAUGGGGACUUUAUGGAGAGCAACAAAAUGCAUGGCAUUAACGGAAAGUUGUAUGCUAACCUCCAUGGGUUAAAUAUGAUAGAGAAUGACAGGACCGAGUGGUAUUUGAUAGGACUGGGGAAUGAAGUGGACAUGCACACUGUGCAUUUCCAUGCUCAGAGCUUCACUUACAAAAUGAAUCAUUCUCAUCGAGCUGAUGUUUAUGACCUGUUCCCAGGAACAUUUCAGACCAUUGAACUGACUGCAGGAAGUCCUGGGCAGUGGCUGCUUCACUGCCAUGUGACCGACCACAUCCAUGCGGGCAUGGAGACCAUUUUCACUGUUCGUCCUAAAGAAACAAGCACUGUGUCAGGGAUAACCACUCAUGCAUCAACUAAAGAAGAUCUGAGACAGGGGGAGAAGGAGGAGGUGACUGAGAUAUUUGAGGAAAAAGACAGUGCCUUCAGUCAUUUUAGAAACCUAUCGACUGUGAUGUUGUGUUUCCUUGGAUUGGUCCUAUCUUACUUUGUAGCACACUGAAAGUGACCAUUAGCCCUCAGAAUGGAUAUUUAUUGCUGUGACACUGAUGCUCACUACUUAGUUACCUCAUCUAGCAUUCUCACUGCAUAGCUGUUAGGGAAACUUCCCUUCUUUUGAGGGAAGCAACUACUGAACAAAUGAGAUAUAAAGAUUAGUCUUUCUAAUUUUGAUUUGACUUGCAAGUAAUGAUCCAUUUAAUUGUCUAAUCUUUCAGUUAAUAAAAUCAGCUUAAAGUAGAAUGUACUAUUCAAGCCUCUUGCAACUACUUAAAAAUAUCAAUCCAUCACAGCUUUACCUUAGAGCUCCUUUUUGAUAUAAACAUUUAACUGCUUAAUAAAUCUGAUAGUUUACUCUCCAGUCAGAAGUGAGCAUCCAUCCCUAUGUCCUAGAGCAGAGGCCUUGGGUUUCCUGACAUGUUGCUGUUAUAUCUUUGACUGGGAUGUUAUAAGUAGCACUGUAAAUACAGCUGGAUAAAACCAAAACUGUGUCCGUCUUC